AGGAAAACCGCGUGGAGCGCGUACUGCGGCACCGCGGCCGGCAGCAUGGCUCACGCAUCUCCGCUCUCCAAGCCUUCCAACCCGCAGAACCCGCGCGUCUUUCUCGAUGUGGACAUCGGCGGCGAACGAGCUGGCCGAAUUGUACUAGAAUUGUUUGCAGAUAUUGUACCUAAAACUGCAGAAAACUUUCGCGCAUUGUGUACUGGAGAAAAGGGUAUUGGGCCCACAACUGGAAAGCCUCUUCAUUAUAAAGGAUGUCCCUUCCAUAGAAUUAUCAAGAAAUUUAUGAUCCAGGGUGGAGACUUCUCACAUCAAAAUGGAACAGGUGGAGAAAGUAUAUAUGGGGAAAAAUUUGAAGAUGAAAACUUUCAUUACAAGCACGAUCAGCCAGGCUUGCUCAGCAUGGCAAAUGCGGGAAGUAAUACCAACGGUUCCCAGUUCUUCAUCACAACAGUGCCAACUCCUCACCUUGAUGGGAAGCAUGUGGUCUUUGGCCAGGUGAUCAAAGGAAUGGGUGUUGCAAAGCUACUAGAAAAUGUUGAGGUGAACAGUGAAAAACCUGCUAAGUUGUGCGUCAUCGCAGAUUGUGGAGAGCUGCAAGGUGAUGACUGGGGAAUCUCUCCCAUGGAUGGUUCUGGGGAUACUUACGCAGACUUUCCCGAAGAUUGCAGUGUGGAUUUGAAGGAAAUUGACAAGAUUCUGUCUAUAGCUGAAGAUGUAAAAAAUAUAGGCAAUACUUUCUUCAAAUCCCAGAACUGGGGAAUGGCAGUCAAGAAAUACAGCAAAUCCUUAAGGUACAUUGAAGCUUCUAAAGCUGUUGCAGAAGAGGUGGAUUCAGCAAAGUUGAAUGCUGCAGCAUUGACAUGCCAUCUUAACAUUGCUGCAUGCAAACUGAAACUAUCAGAGUGGCAAGAUGCAAUUGAAAACUGUAAUAAGGCCCUGGCGAUAGAGUCCACAAAUACAAAAGCACUUUACAGAAGGGCUCAAGCGUGGGAGGCAACAAAAGAUUACGAUCAGGCAUUGGCUGAUCUUCAGAAGGCUCAAGGGAUAGCACCUCAAGAUAAAGCUAUCCAAAUGGAAGUCCAGAAAGUUAAGCAGAAGAUAAAGCAAGAGAAGGAAAAGGAGAAGGCAGCUUAUGCAAAAAUGUUUGCUUAAGUAAAUAUUGUUUUCCUUCAGUUUGUGCACUGAUACAAAGGCAGGAUUAGUACUAGUAGCUGUGGCAGCAUGCUAUUGACUGUCAUCUAUACUGAUGCUGUUUUUACGUGUUUACAGUUUUGAUUUUUCUUCAGGUUCUAGAUAAUUUCAAAUAUAUGUCAUCAUCAAAUUCAGUAGUAAGACACAUAACAAAAACCUAAAAAGUGUAAUAAAAACUUCAGAAUGCUCCACUGCAAAAAAUGUGGACAAGGUCAGAACUGUACUGAAUGAUCAAGUUCGGCAGGCUACUUCUACCCCCAUAGUCCCUACCUGUAAUUUUCAUUACUGCAAAUUCAAAUCCUGAUGAGGUGGUAUUGAAUAAACUGAAUUUCUAAGCA